AGCUCAGCCAGCAACAUCAUGCACACACACACACAGCCACCUCCUUCCCCUCCUUCCCAUAGCUGUGCCUUUACACAAUACAGUAUCUUCCUCUUUUGGGAUCUUUUAAAUCAUACCUCACUGAAAGCUCAGUCAGAACUCCCAGCAACUGAAGGACAUCAUGUCUGGUGGCAAAUACAUAGAUGAGGAGGGUGUCCUAUACACUACCCCUAUCUUCAGGGAUCAAGGCAACAUCUAUAAACCUAAUAACAAGAACAUGGCAGAGGAGACCUACAGCGAGAAGGCAGUCCGGGACAUGCACACCAAAGAGAUAGACCUGGUCAACCGGGAUCCCAAGCAUCUCAAUGACGAUGUAGUAAAGAUUGAUUUUGAAGAUGUGAUUGCUGAACCCGAUGGAACACACAGCUUUGAUGGGAUCUGGAAGGCCAGUUUCACUACAUUCACUGUAACAAAGUACUGGUUUUACCGUUUGCUCUCAGCAAUCUUUGGCAUUCCCCUGUCACUUAUAUGGGGCAUUUAUUUUGCCAUCCUGUCAUUCCUGCACAUCUGGGCAGUGGUACCUUGCAUCAGAAGCUACUUGAUCGAGAUUCAGUGUAUCAGCCGCGUCUAUUCCAUCUGUAUCCAUACAUUCUGUGACCCACUGUUCGAGGCCUUCGGCAAAGUGUUCAGUUUUGUUAAGAUCACCCUACGCAAGGAAGUAUAGGGCACUUUGGAAAGGAACAAGUGGUCAAAAUUUUAUUUUGUGUCAAGUUUUAAAAUUGCAACAACAAUUUUUUGGUCACUGGCGCAAAAUCAAUAAAUCACUAGAUGAUGUUGUUACCAGAUAUAAAAUAUUUAUCUCUGCAGAAUUUUGUAUGUUUGCAUUGUGUGAAACAACAUUUAUAUUGUUAUCAGCCACAUGCCAUUAUCAAAUACUAUAAAUUCUGCCUUCCUAAUGUGUAUUAUGUACAUUUUACAAUGAUAAAUGUGACACACAGCCCAAUGUCCUGAAUUCACUGUAUUCAUGAAAUGUAUUAAGCUAUUGCAGUGGAAAAAACACGACAACUUGGCACGUUGUAAAAGAAUGUUCUUUUUACAUUGUAUUGUCAGCUAAAUGCUGUUGUUUGAUUUCAGAACUAACAAUGCAAGCAAAUAGCUGUAUUAACCCCUCACUGGCAUUGAAGGGAGAAAAUCUCAUAAUGUGGAAGGUGAAACAAGCACAACAUAUUGGCGUUUGACAGAGGUUGAUGAAUAAUAUAAUGGCUAAUUUGAGUGACUAAUCAUUAUAACAUUGCAAAACAGGAUUUUCUUUCCUUCUCAAAUACAUUUGAAAAAAAAAUCAUUAAGUUAGAAUAAUACUUUUAAAAUAAAUCAUAACUGACAGAUAAUAUCUGUACAGCAUUGUUACGUAGGAUAUUGUCACAAAACUAUGUUUUCGUCAGAUGUAUUUUAAAAGGCUACAAGAUACUGUACAAUAGAUUUACAGGCCCAGCCUCCUACAGCUAUAAAUGCAAUCCAUAAUAUUAUACAUUUGACAAAUUAGCAUAAUUCUUUGUAUAAAAUGUAUUGUUGGAAACAUUCAGUGCCACUAGGCUGUUCCAUUUUCUUUCAACCCUCCUGCCACUAAUGAUGUUACCGUUUGCAUGUGCACAUACUGUUUUCAGGCCUGAAAUAAAGAGACUUUAUAUUACCAA